CAUCGUCAGCAGGUGGUCCUGGCCUGGGCUUCUCUGCCCUAAUGGUCUUGGCGUGGACAUGCAGUGGUGGGCAGUGAGCACUGCAGGGAUCACAGGUGUGUGCCACCACAGCCAGUUUCAGUACUUCUUCAAGAGGCCCCUCACAGGUCCAUUUACCCGACCUCAUCCAGCCAUAUGGCGAAUGGUUUUUGGUCUCAGUGUGCUCUAUUUCCUGUUCCUGGUCUUUCUCCUCUUCCUGAAUUUCGAGCAGGUUAAAUCCCUAAUGUAUUGGCUAGACCCAAAUCUUCGAUACGCCACCCGGGAAGCGGAUGUCAUGGAGUACGCCGUGAACUGCCAUGUGAUCACCUGGGAGAGGAUCGUCAGCCACUUUGACAUAUUUGCAUUUGGGCACUUCUGGGGCUGGGCCAUGAAGGCCUUGUUGAUCCGGAGUUAUGGGCUGUGCUGGACCAUCAGUAUUACUUGGGAGUUAACGGAGCUUUUCUUCAUGCAUCUCCUGCCCAAUUUCGCUGAGUGCUGGUGGGACCAAGUCAUCCUAGACAUCCUGCUCUGCAAUGGUGGUGGCAUCUGGCUGGGCAUGGUCGUCUGCCGGUUUUUAGAGAUGAGAACCUACCACUGGGCAAGCUUCAAGGACAUUCAUACCACCACUGGGAAGAUCAAACGGGCCGUUCUGCAGUUCACCCCUGCUAGCUGGACCUACGUCAGAUGGUUUGACCCCAAAUCUUCUUUUCAGAGAGUGGCCGGGAUAUACCUUUUCAUGAUCAUCUGGCAGUUGACUGAAUUGAACACCUUCUUCUUGAAGCAUAUCUUUGUGUUCCAAGCCAGUCAUCCAUUAAGUUGGUGUAGAAUUCUCUUCAUUGGGUGCAUCACGGCUCCCACAGUGAGACAGUACUAUGCUUACCUCACCGACACACAGUGCAAACGUGUGGGAACACAGUGCUGGGUGUUUGGGGCCAUUGGUUUCCUGGAAGCGAUCGUUUGCAUAAAAUUUGGACAAGAUCUCUUCUCUAAGACCCAGAUACUCUAUGUUGUGCUUUGGCUUCUUUGCGUGGCCUUCACCACAUUCCUGUGCCUGUACGGCAUGGUUUGGUACGCGGAGCACUAUGGUCACCAGGAAAAGACCUACUCAGAGUGUGAAGAUGGCACCUACAGUCCAGACAUCUCCUGGCAUCAUGGGAAAGGUACAAAAGGUUCAGAAGACAGCCCACCCAAGCAUCCAGGCAACAAUGAAAGCCAUUCUUCCAGAAGAAGAAACCGACAUUCCAAGUCAAAAGUCACCAAUGGAGUUGGAAAGAAAUGAAAGACCCUUGUUGAUCAAAGAUGUUCCAGAGAGUGCCUAGAACUGAGGGGGAAACAGAACUCCUUUGGACCUCCCUGUUAGGAGAGACAAAAUGUGCAGAGCAAAUGGGACAAGGAGGGGAACUUCGAGGGGUCACUGUCUGAGAGUCUAAGUUUUGUUUCCCAUAGACCUGGCCACAUCAAGCAGACCAUGGUGUGGGGUCCUUCACCAUUUGGGGCCUCACCUCACUUCAGCACGUGGCGUGCAGUAGUGGUGCAGUAUGUUGGGAGGAAAACAGCUAUUUGCUCACGGUCGGCAAGAGCAGCUGUGCUGGGGGGUCUUGUGGACACUGGGUAAACAUCUUCGUUCAGACAUGGCCUUAACCAAGUGGUUAACGGACUGGUCACCAGAUUUUAUUUUUGUGAAUCAGCCUUUUCAUUUGACUGAUUUAGGUUUAGGCCACUCUCUGUCUUAUUUUGUUGUUUUCCAAUUAGGAUACUUUUUAAAAGCCUUCAGAAUUCACUGCUGAGACUGAAAUUCGGGAAGGGUUCCCUUUCCCUCUUUAGGAAAAGUGGGGAGCUUUUAUGUUGCUGUGAAGCACCCCGACUCACCCUUUCAGACCAUCAGCCGCGUGGCAGGCCAACAGCAGCCUGAGGAAGGGUUAGCUGCCUGCUAGGAAGCCCGAUUCCGAAGGGAACCUUUUAGUUUUGUUCCAGAUGUCCCGGUCCAGGCUCACCCUUUGCGCGAGUGCCAGCCUGCUGCGGGGUAAACUCCCAGCUCCUCCCCGCCAGGUGCCUUUCGGUCGUGCUUGGCCUCCUUCCGCCGCGUGUGGCCCACGUUGUCUCAGUCCCGUGUGAGGUGCUGGUGAGUAUUACCUUUCAUCCGUGCCAUGCUCUAGAACAUUCUCCUGAUAGGCACCGCCUCUGAUGGAUUCCUGUUUGAAAUAAAACAAUUCACAUGAAAGCCCUUCGAUGGCCUGUCUGUAAAAC